AUGGACGCAAAUGUGUAUACACCAAUGCACAGAGAGGGUUUUCUGCCCUUUGAGGAGGUGGCUGUUUAUUUCUCCAAGGAGGAGUGGUCUCAACUGGAUCCUGACCAAAAAGCUCUGCAUUGGGAAGUCAUGCUGGAGAAUUAUAAGAAUGUGGCCUCUCUUGGUGAGAAUGAGAAUAAAGACUCUGGAGAACCAUUCCAAGUAUUCAGAAAAGGAGAUGUAAUGGAGAAACCUGCAAUUCAAACAGAAUUCCAAAAUCAGGAGGGAAACCUGUUGAAUAACUGGAAUAAGGAAAGGUCAUCUCCUUCGAUUGUUUCUCAGAUGCAGGACUUUUCUGAUCAACAAGAAAAACUAAAGAAGAAAUAUAUUGAGAAAGAUGUUAGAAUCUUCAAAGAGACAUUAAAUGUAAAUGGACCGUGUCCAUCACAAGCCAAAGGAGGAGCCAAUAUGGGCAAAGACAAAGGAAAGAAAUACAGUUGGAAGUUCACACCUUCACAAGAAAAUAGGUCUCUUGAAUCUCAGAAAAGUUUUCACAUGGGAGAGAAGACAAAUAAAUGCAAUGAACAUGGAAAAAAGACUGUUAAUAAAAAGACAUCCACAAUGGAGAAGCCAUAUAAAUGCAUGGAGUGUGGAAAGGACUUUGGAAGACGCAGUAAGCUUACACUCCAUCAAAGGAUCCACACAGGAGAGAAGCCAUAUAAAUGCAUGGAGUGUGGAAUGGACUUUGGAAGACGCAGUAAUCUUACAGUCCAUCAAAGGAUCCACACAGGAGAGAAGCCCUAUAAAUGCAUGGAGUGUGGAAAGGGCUUUAUCCGAAACAGUAGCCUUAUUUCCCAUCAAAGGAUGCACACAGGGGAGAAGCCCUAUAAAUGCAUGGAGUGUGGAAAGGGAUUCAGAAGAAGCAGUGAACUUACACUCCAUCAAAGGAUGCACACAGGGGAGAAGCCAUAUAAAUGCAUGGAGUGUGGAAAGGGCUUCAGGGGAAGCAGUAAUCUUACACGUCAUCAAAGGAUCCACACAGGGGAGAAGCCCUAUAAAUGCAUGGAGUGUGGAAAGGGCUUCAUCCAAACCAAUCACCUUAUUACCCAUCAAAGGAUCCACACAGGGGAGAAGCCAUAUAAAUGCAUGAAGUGUGGAAAGGGCUUCAUCCAAAACAGUAACCUUACUAGCCAUCAAAGGAUCCACGCAGGGGAGAAGCCAUAUAAAUGAAUGGAGUGUGGAAAGGGCUUCAGCACACCCCAUAGUCUUAUUUCCCAUAACAUGAUUCAUAGACUGGAGAAUCACCCAAGCAAAGAUACAUUUGGAUGAGAAUGUAUGCUAAUUAUUGAUUUAAUGGGUUCUCUGAAUGGAUUUCAAAUUUACAGACUGAACUCUGAAAAAGGUUUUUAGUAAUGAAAAAAGAAACAAUAGGCAUGGGUCAUUAUAAUUAUGAUUUAUAUAUUUUUGAAUGUAUCUAUAUAUACAGUAUAUAGAAAUGUCAAAUUAGCGGCUCACAGGCUGGUUGUGUUACGUGAAGGACACGCCUACCCCAGCUCCGCGAAUAGGGAAACUGUUGCAAUAUGUCACAUGAUGGCCACGUGACACAUGGAGUUUGAAAUCCGUGGUAUAUAUGUUCAUUUUAGUUUAUUUUUUAGAAAUGAGUUUCCUGUUUUCCAACUGCCACCAGUCUCCCAGUUAGUCAUAGCUCUCAGAGCGAUGCGAAGACAUUUAACAGAUGCUGCUUCCCUAAGCCCAAAAGGAAAAUUUCAAAAAA